AUGGCAGAGGGGCAGGUCCUGGUGCUGGACGGCCCAGGCCACCUCUUGGGCCGCCUGGCGUCCAUCGUGGUCAAGCAGGCGCUGCUGGGCCGCAAGGUGGCGGUCAUGCACUACGAGGGCAUCAACAUUUCCGGCAAUUUCUACAGGAAUAAGCUGAAGUACCUGGCCUUCCUCCGCAAGCGGAUGAACACCAACCCAUCCCGGGGCCCCUACCACUUCCAGGCCCACAGCCACAUCUUCUGGCAAACCGUGCGAGGCAUGCUGCCCCAUAAGACCAAGUGGGGCCAGGCUGCCCUGGACCGCCUCAAGGUGUUGGACGGAAUCCCGCUGCCCUACGACAAGAAAAAGCGGAUGGUGGUCCCCGGGAGGCUCAACGUCGUGCGGCUGAAGCCCACGCGGAAGUUUGCCUGCCUGGGGCGCCUGGCCCCAGCAUCAGAGUCUGAAGUCAACAGAGGAGGUUCCAGAGAAACUUCUGGCUGCUCUGGGUCAAGUUCAGCUGCAGAUAUGGGGCUCUGUGACCUACUUCCUCUACAAGAGAAAGUGCUGGAGAAUCUGUACACUGCACAGGAAUUUGACAAGCAGUGCACAGUCAUCAAAGAUCAACCCAAUGAGUUAGAAGAUGAUGAGAAGACCAAGAUCAAGGUGCCAGCAGGUCCGGUGUCUUGUGAAGCCCUGUUUCCAGUCGUGAAUGAUCAUGAAAAUGUUUCCCUUGCAUCAGACCUAGGACCCUUUGAGACUGGUCCAGAAAUUAGAUACAUGUUUAGAUUAAAGCUCAAAAACUGGAGUGGGAUAAGGGACCCCAUUAAGGAAGACUGA